UUUCUAGAGUAAUUAACCUACCAUACAGCCAGCUUAGCCAACAAAGAAACUGCGACAAUUGGUUUCUGCCAUAUUCUCUUCCAAGAAAAUCAGGCUCUUCGAUUCUAUGGAGAGGUCUGCCAAGAGGCAACUUGAUCAAAAAUGUGUUACUAGGAAAAAGCAGAAGUCACGCCAUGAACCUCAACAAAAUACCGACAGUAAUGACGAAAUUGCCAUAGCCAGAAUCCGUGUAGAGGUAGAAGAGAAGGUGAUGUUUUCGUCGGGCGAGCAAAGUAGAGCUCUGUCACAAGAAGAAACGACAAUUCUGCAGAAAAAUGCCUUGCAGAGAAAAUUGGAGAACAUCAUGUCAAGAUGUGGAAUUAAGAGCAGAACUGAAGAUGUGGAACAAUGCUUAUCACUGGUGAGAAAAUUACUCAGUAUAAGUCUAUUUUUAGGAGAGAUUUGUUAA